AUGCGUCGGCGUUUGCGUCCAGUGACGAUCGCUCAAGUCUUGAAAUCAAAGCGGAUACACAGUGAUGCCUGCUUUACCAUUGAAGGAAGCGAAGUUCACAAGAUCAUGGUCGUUGCUCGUGUUUCUCUUUUGAUAGGAACCGAUUCCGAUUCUCACAAAUGGGAGUAUGAGCUCGAGGACGGCACUGGGCGCGCUACCGCCGUUCUUUGGACCAUCAAUCUGAGCGAGGAUGAGAAAGAGCGCCUUUUGGAAAAUAUCCCGCCGCAUUGUUAUGUACGUGUUAUUGGGGUGAUAUCAGAAUUCAAGAAUUACAAGUCUCUGAACAUCUCGGACAUUCGUCGUGUCGCUGAUGCACACGAACCGUUCUACCACCUUGUGCACGCCGCCACCGUCACAAUAUCGGUCGAGCACGAUCGUAAUGCGUUAGCACAUAGCGACGCUGAGCCUGAUACGCUAGAAAGCAUGAAUCCAAGCUCCAUACCAUCCGCCCAACCUACGCAACACGAGCCCUCGACUCCGACGGAGUGGCCACCCACUUUACCUCAACCGUUUGACCAUGAUAUGCCUUCAUCUUCUUUCUCGGCAAGCAAAAAUAAAGGUAUACUAGCGACAACUGCCAAGGCAGAAAGCUUGACCUCUUCCGGCACUGACACCGACGUGGAGUCAGAGGAUCCUAUUCCCGUUUUCGAUUCAUCAGGAUCUCAUUCCCCAUCGCCAGAGCCUCCUUCCCCGCUUCAGAAUGUUCAACCAUACCGACGGCGUGACCCAUACUCCCAUCUUACCUCUCUUCAAAGAGGGAUCCUUCUCCAAAUCCACACUCACAAGUCAUCUUUUAACGAAGGGGUACCUGUGACUCUUAUUGUUAAAGGGCUAGCACAUACCAGUAGAUCCGUAGACGACUUCUGGUAG